AUGGAUACUCCGAUGCUUGCUCGUGGGAAUAGGAGCAAGGCUCGGAUCCUCCAGCCCAACGAAUCACUGACCUCGCUCUGCUGUAGCAUCCUGCGCGCGUAUGCGAUAGGUUAUCUAUCCUCAACAACACCAAGACUCGUAUCGUGUUUAGGGCGACUGAAAGGUGAUAGAUUGAGCAACAAGGAGAAGCUCGAAGAAUUGAUAUCCCUUCAAUCUUACUGUUUUCCGACGUUCUGUGCACUUUUAGUUGCGGGCUCAACUGGCUUACCUGUUCUUCUUUUGCGACUUUGUGCGCUUGUCAGCAGUAGAAUUGGUAAAAUAUCCGGCCUCAUAAAGCCUCGGGGCUUUUUGCGGUUCGUCCGCUUCGUUGCUGCAUUUGUUUCUGCCUGGUUUAGCUUUCAGCUGCUCAAUCAGAAACCUAUCAGACUCCAGAGCAGUGAUGUUCUCUCGAGCCCAGGAACGGGUAACGGAGACCAUGCUGGCCAUAGUCCCGAAAAGAACAUCACAGCUCAAUACAGUCUUGAUCUUGCCGGGAGGACUAUGGACCUCACUCUUUUCACUUUCACUAGAGCAAUGGAUGUUCUUGUCUGUUUGGCAUGGUCACGCUGGCGCGCUUUGCGGAGAAGUCAAAAUCGCUGGUCUUUAGCUGAGUCUGUCGCUCCUGUGCUUGCUGACGCAGGACUUUUCGCUGCCAGCUCUGCUGUAGUAAUGUGGGCAUGGUUUUACCUCCCAGAAAGACUUCCGAGAUCCUAUGGGAAGUGGAUUGGCGAGGUGGCAAAAGUGGACAUUCGUCUCAUUGAAGCGCUUCGACGGGCCAGGCGAGGGAUAUUCGUGUAUGGAAAAGAGACUGGCCAGACACCUCUUCUUGAGUCUAUGUGCGAGGAUUACAACUGGCCUAGAGAGUGGGGAGACCCAAGCAAGACAGUUCCCAUCCCCUGCGAAAUGGUCCACAUGGGUUGUGGUCCGAAUUGCGAAAAACACGCUGCUUGGCGAUUUGCUAGAACAUUCAAAUUCGCUUGCGCAACCUAUAUCCCGCUGCAAGUUGCCUUCCGUCUGCGAUCAAUGAAAACGAUGUCGUCUCUGCGCCGGGCGCUGACUGAUGCCCUGCGGUCAUCUACCUUCCUUGCCUCAUUUGUGAGCAUUUUCUACUAUUCUGUUUGCCUGGCCCGAACGAGGAUUGGUCCAAAGAUCUUUAGCCGGGAAACGGUAACACCACAGAUGUGGGACUCUGGCCUCUGUGUCGGGGCCGGGUGUCUCAUGUGCGGAUGGAGUAUAUUGGUUGAAAGUGCGCGCAAACGACAGGAGAUUGCGCUGUUCGUGGCACCGAGAGCCGCCGCAACUGUGUUACCCCGUUAUUAUGACAAGAAGUAUCAAUCCCGAGAGCGCGUCGCUUUUGCUCUCAGCGCUGCCAUUCUUUUCACCUGCCUUCGUGAACGACCCAGCAUGGUUAGAGGUGUUUUCGGGAAAAUUGCAAAAAGCGUAUUGAAGUGA